UCACCUGCUAAUCACCACGUGGUAAAAAAAAAAAAAAAGAAUCUUCAUUACAUUGCUAAACGUUCAAAAACAAAAUGAAAAACGAAUUAAAAGAAUUAGCAGUAUCACUGUUCGACAUAGAUGUUGUUAAAUUUGGUUCUUUCAAAACCAAAGUUGGAUUAGAAACACCAAUUUAUAUUGACUUUAGAGUACUCAUUGCUCACCGUAAAAUAUUGAAGCAGAUAUCAAGAGCUCUCUGGAAAUUAUCAAGUGAUCCAGAUAAUGUACAACAAAUAUGUGGUGUACCAUACGCUGCACUGUCAAUGGCUGAUGUUAUUGCUGAUGACACUGAAAAACCAAUGAUCAUGAGAAGAAAAGAGAGCAAAAAUCAUGGUACAAAAAAAUUACUUGAAGGUGUUUAUGCUGCUGGUGAUAAAUGUGUCAUCAUUGAGGAUGUCGUUACAAGUGGUACAAGUAUAUUAGAAGUUGUAGCUGAUUUAAAAAAUGAAGGUCUUGAAAUUAUUGAAGCUCUUGUAAUCAUGGACAGAGAACAAGGUGGUCGUGAUAAUCUUGAAAAAUCUGGAGUUAAUAUUAAAAGUUUAUUUACACUUACUGAAAUGAUGGAAUAUCUUUUGAGUGCUGAUAAAAUUGAUCAAUCAACAUAUGACAAAGUUAUUGAUUAUUUAAAAACUAACAAAGCAUCAGUUAAAAUACAAGAAGAAGAAAAAAAAAAUACACGUUUAACAACUGAUUUUUUAUCAAGAUCAAAGCUUGCUAAAAAUCCAUUAGCUAAAAAAAUUUUUGAAAUAAUGAAUGAAAAAGAAACAACACUUUGUUUAGCUGCUGAUUUAACAUCUGCUGAUGAAAUUAUAAAGCUUGCUGAAAUUGCUGGACCACAUAUUGCUGUAUUAAAAAUUCAUGUUAAUAUUAUUGAUGAUUUUAGUCAGAUAUUUAUAAAACAACUUAAAUCAUUGUCAUUGAAAUAUAAAUUUUUAAUAAUGGAAGAUAGUAAAUUUGGUGAUAUUGGUAAUACAGUGUCACAUCAAUACUCCAAGGGUGUUUAUAAAAUUGCUGAAUGGGCUGAUUUAAUAACAGUACAUCCAGUUGCUGGUCCAGGUAUAAUUGAUGGUCUUGUUGCUGGUUUAAAUGACAUUAGCGAAGAACGUGGUAUAUUUUUAGUUACUGAAAUGUCAUCAAAAGGUGCAUUGACAACUGGAAGCUAUAUUGAACAAUCAUUGUCAAUGGGUGAUAAUUCAAAGCUAGUUGUUGGUCAUGUUUGUCAGUCAGAUUUAUUUAAAAAUCCAGGUAUGAUACAAUUAACACCUGGUGUUAAAUUAUCAAAAGAUUCUGAUGAUCUUGGACAACAAUAUAAUACACCAGAAAGUGUUGUUAAUUGUGGUGCUGAUUUAGCUGUUGUUGGUCGAGGAAUAACUCAAGCAACUGAUAAAAUUAGUGCUAUUAUUAAAUACAAGGAUCAACUUUGGUCAGCAUACAAAAAUAGACUAUCAUAAUUAAUUUUUGAUGAAAAUUAUUCUCAUUUUUUUGUAUAUAAAUAUACAAAAUAAUAAUGCCACUUUUUUUUUUAAUGAUACAAAAUAAAUUUUAUGAACAAUAUAUUUGAAUGUACAAUAAAUAUUUUAUAUUUUAAAUUAC